UAGACUUCACUUUAUGUGUAGUGAAUAAAGGCAGACGACACUCAACUCAGCAGCAGUAGUAUCUAACGUUCACCGGUUUAAAUUUGUGAAGAACAAUCGGAAAAUAAUUUAAAAUGUCUGCAGUAAAUGGGAUAAAUGGACAUAAAUAUGGUGGCGUACAUUUUCACCAGUGGAAAGUAGGAUUGCUAAACGCGUCUCAGAAAUAUUUAACAGCCGAAACAUUUGGAUUUAAAGUCAACGCGUCUGGCACUGCUUUGAAAAAGAAGCAGACAUGGACCCUAGAGCAGGACCUUACGGAGGAGGUAGUAUACAUAAAGAGUCAUUUAAAUCGAUAUAUGGCUGCAGAUAAAUAUGGAACAGUUACAUGUGAAGCUGAAGAAAAAGACGAAGACCCAUCACAAAAAUUUGCCGUCGAAUAUGCCAAGGAUGGCAGUGGGCGCUGGGCUAUCCGAAACGUUGUUCACGGUAAUUACUUAACCGGGAACGACGACAAUGUCAAAUGUUUUUCCAAGAGUGUCACAGACGGGGAAUUAUGGUUCGGCCAACUUUCUAUCCACCCACAAGUUAAUUUAUAUAAUGUCAACCGCAAGAGGUACGCCCGUCUUUGCGACGAUGAAUUACAAGUCACGGCUGUUAUUCCAUGGGGCCAAGAAUCUCUAAUCAUCUUGCAUUUCGAAGACGGAAAGUAUGCUCUUAAGACAAGCGAUGAUCGAUUCCUUCAUCGAGAAGGUCACUUGGUCAAUGCGUUGGAAGAAGAUGCAAAAUUUUCCCUAGAAAUUAGAUCCGGGGCUAACAGUGGAUUAGCUUUUCGUGACAAUGCCGGUACCUAUCUGACCGCAGUUGGAGCUACAGCCACAAUGAAGGGUCGCAAUAAAACUGUCGGAAAAGAUGAAUUAUUUACAUUAGAGGACACGAAGCCCCAGGUUGUCUUAACAGCAUACAAUGGAAAGAAAGUAUCGAUCAAACAAGGUCAAGAUGUAUCUGCUAAUCAAGAAGAAGAAGAAGGAGAAACAGAGAUAUUUCAGAUGGAAUAUGUCAAAGAGAGUGAUAUGUGGGCCUUCCGAACAUGUUCUAAUAAAUACUGGUCAUAUGAAUCUGGUGGAGGAAUAAUGAAUGUUGGAAAUGAAAUAUGCAAGAAUACACUAUUUGAUGUGGAAUGGCAAGGAGAUGGCAGUGUAACUAUUAAAGCAAGCAAUAAUAAUUAUAUCUUCAACAAGCCAACAGGAUGUCUGUUUGCAUUAAGUGAGUCCGCAACGGAAAAAGAGAAAUUUAAAGUAAAGAUGGUAAAUCGACCAGCAAUCAUCUUAAGAAGUGAAUAUGGUUUCGUUGGAUUAAAGUCAUUUCAAAAACCUGAAUACAACUGUAAUAAAACUUGUUAUGAACCAAUCUUCUUAGAACCACAAGAAAAUGGAUUUUAUGGUUUGAAAGGAAACAAUGGUAAAUAUUGGGGGUUAAAUGAAGAAAGUCACGUUUUUGCUGACAAAGAUAUGCCUGUCAAUUUCCUUUUGGAAUUCCGCAAGCAAGACAUCAUUACAAUCAAAGCUCCAAACGGCAUGUAUCUUAAAGGUGAACAAAAUGGACUAUUUAGAGCCAAAGGAGAGGAUUUAGAUGCUGGAAUGCUUUGGGAGUGUUAGAUUUUGUUAUUUCAAAAUUACCCCAUGUUUAAAAUAGUGGGAAGAAGACUUGCUUUAACUUGACAUGUCCAUGGACUAUAAUUAUUCACCAUUUGUACAUAUCUGUAUGGUUGAAGUGUAAAGAAUGUAAUAUGUUGUGACUGCUCAAUAAUGUCACAUAAUGAAUGAACAAUACUGCACAGUGAACAAAUGAUACUGGUAUAACACUGAAGUAAACAAUGUCUUGUGUUGACACAGAACUACAUUAGAUGGACCAAAAUUGUAUGUUUACAUCAUUGUAUUCACUCACUUAUCAUUGUCUUGUACACAUUUUACUGUAACUUUGUAGUAUGUGUAGUACUCAAAAAAAAAAUGUAGUUUUUUAAUUAAAUUUUCUAUCAUUCACUUUUUGAAGCAUAUUUAUUACAAAACACAAGAAUACUUUGGUCACAAAAUUAUAGAAAUAAAUGUCUGUGAUAUUUUUGACUUUUCCAAAUAUCUAGUAACAGGCAUUGUAACAUGUAUCACUGAUGUAUUAUUACCUGUGUCAUGGAAGAAGUUAGGAUGGACAAACACUUUACAUCGAAUGACCAAUGACCAUUGAUGAUGAGGUUUCUUUUUUAAUUGCAUGAGCUUGGAAAUAAAUUCUGUAUAGGACAAAUAUAUUUAAAGGGGUAAACAAUAUUUAUACUGCUUAAUUUCUCCCUUAUAUUAAUAAUUUAUUUUUGUCAUUUACAUGCUUUUGUUAUAAAUAGUCUCAAAGUACUGGUAAUACUGAUCUCUAGCAAUACAUUUAACGUUUUCAUUAUAUAGCUCAAUUUCACUUUCUUAUCCAAAGAUUUUUAGACAAACUUCAUUUAAAAUGCAUUCCCCUAAAUGAUAUUUUGUCAGAUUUGUAAUUAAACUUGUAUAAACUAUAUCUGAAUGCCUUUAAUGUAUGGCAGUAAAAUUGUUAUUGGAUAUUUAUAGAACAUAUACUCGGUGUUUCGAAGAUGUAUACUCAUAGAUUUCUAUCUUUCAUUUUACAUGAGAUUUCACACAGAGAACUUGUUUGUUAAUAAAGGUGUUGGUGAUAUUUGUUGAGGGUAGUUCUCAGUAUCGGGACAUAGUCGAUUAAUCAUGGUCUGUAACAUUAACAUUACUACCCUUGGAUCAUCUCAAGUAGAUUGUAUUGCAUCCUAUUGAAAAGUGAAUUAGGAUGACUCGAAAUAUCUAAAUUGCAAUAGUUAAAAUGUAUUUUAUUUGGUAUCAUACUAUCAUGUCAUUGACCUGAUUUGUUGACAUACAAAAUCAAUCUACGCCACUAUUAUUUAGUUGUGUUGAGCCAAUGGUAGUAAUAAAGUGUUAUGAUUCCCAAAUAUGCUAUGAAGUGUCAGGAUAGAGUCAAGUGUUUCCAAGUUUCAUAACUGUUAUUGUUAGAUGAUAUUUAUAUUAUACUCUGUUAGUACCUGUUUACUAAAUAAUGACAACUGCUUAUAAUUAUAUACUUAAUAUACAUAAAAAAAUACCCUAAAAUUAUUGAUGCAUUUUCAGCUGUGGCUUUAAUUGUUGAGUAUUUGUAUCACAUACGGUAACAAUGAACAGUCUCUCAUUGAAUGUAUUAAGAUGUAAUGGAUGUUUUGGAUAUAUUCUUUCAUGAAAGCAUAAAUACAUAUACCAACUAUUAUUAGAUGUUUGUAAAUAACAUAUUUCUAUUAGAGUUGUUUUGUAGAGGUUUUAUGCUUUUGUCCAGUCAUUAUGAAGUACAGUAUGUUUGUUGGUAAUGUAUCUAGGGGAUAAAUUAAAAUGAUUUUCCAAUUUGCAUUGAUAAUUAGCUACUUAAUUGUUGUCUUGGUUUAUUAUUGUAAAUGCAUAUUUUUGUGUUCGGUGAAAAAAAAAAGAUCCAAACCAGUUUAGUUUGUAAAAUUUACAAAUCAUUAGAAUUUUAUUUUGAUAUGGUGUCAUAAUCAUUUAAUAUUUUAAGAAUAUAAUCUUUUUUUGAUUGCUUUUUUUCCUGACCAAACAUUUAUGUAAUAAAUGUAUUUCUUAUGCUGUAAAGAACUGCCUACUAUCUGUGCAUUUUUCUAAUAAUGGUUCCUAUUACAGCAUGCCUUAUCAUCAGAUAAAUCCAUAUUAUUUAUGCAGCCGUUUUGUCAAUAAACAUUUCUACCGGG